CACAGAGCAGAGGGAGUAGACUGAGCGCUCACUAGCCAAGGGCCCCAGCCAGUAGCCAUGAAGGAGCUGAAGGUGCUGAAGAUCCGGGUCACGUCCUGUAUCGCCCUGGUGGGCAUCUCGCUCAUGUUGGCGGCCGUAAUGAGCGACCACUGGGCCGUACUGAGCCCCAAACUGGACGACGACACCCAGUCCUGCGAGGUGGCCCACUUUGGCCUAUGGAGGCUGUGUAAGAAGAAGAUUUUCAUGAGUGAUCAGGAGACUAUGAUCAAGGGAUGUGGCCCCCUGAGCCUUCCUGGGGAGCACAGCUGCACCUACUUCAAGCAUUUCACUUCAGGGGAGAACGCGGAUAUUUUCGAGGUGACGACGCAGAAAGAGUACAGCAUCUCGGCAGCCGCCAUCGCCAUCAUCGGAGUGGGGUUCAUGACUAUGGGCACAGUGUGCACCCUGCUGUCCUUCAAGGAGAAGCUCGACUACCUGCUCAAACCCGCCGGCCUCUUCUUCAUCUUUGCAGGGCUGUGCAUGAUUAUCUCGGCGGAAGUGAUCAGACAGUCGGUGCACCGGAUGAUAGACAGUAAGGAGACGGUCUGGAUCGAGUAUUAUUAUUCGUGGUCCUUCGCCUGCGCCUGCGCCGCCUUCGUGCUGCUGUUCGUGUGCGGCGUCGCCCUGGUGCUCAUCUCCCUGCCGCGCAUGCCCAGGAACCCCUGGGAGACCUGUAUGGACGCGGAGCCCGACAUGUGAGGGGAGAUUCCGGGGGGUCACGGACCGGAGAUGGACCCCCGACAUUCACUGACUGAACUCAAUGGGCGAGUGAGGGCAGAGGGGGUGGCGCACCCCAAUAUCUCGCUUCUUUCCUGUAUAGUGUAAGCUCCUCCCCAAGGCUUGGCCAAUGGCGUAACCAGGAAUUACUGGGCCCCACAGCAAAUUCAUUUUGGGCCCCCACCCCCUGUAUGGAACCCCUCUGGGUGUGUAACUAGUGGGAGGGGGAUUUGGGGGCCCCCACCCCCUGUAUGGAACCCCUCUGGGUAACUAGUGGGAGGGGGAUUUGGGGGACCACACCCCCUGUAUGGAACCCCUCUGGGUAACUAGUGGGAGGGGGAUUUGGGGGACCCCACCCCCUGUAUGGAACCCCUCUGGGUAACUAGUGGGAGGGGGAUUUGGGGGACCCCACCCCCUGUAUGGAACCCCUCUGGGUAACUAGUGGGAGGGGGAUUUGGGGGACCCCACCCCCUGUAUGGAACCCCUCUGGGUAACUAGUGGGAGGGGGAUUUGGGGGCAGCCCCCCUACAGCAGCUGGGAUUCUCUCCCUGCCCCCAGCACCUUUAUUUACUGGAUUAUUUCACUGGCUUUAAAUAGCGUCCCCCGGCCUGUGCCCCCCCCCCCAUUACAGGAAUAGACACCGACCCAUAGGGAGACUGAGGGACUCACAGGGCGUCGUUACAGCUGCAGAGUCGGGGGGCUCAGGGGGUGGGAAGAUAUGAGAAAUAAUGUGUGACUUUGGCCUUUGUGGUGUUUAUCUAAUCACUGAAUGUCUUUAAAUUUCAAGGGUAAAUAGAACCAAGUUUUACUUUA